AUGUCUCAAUUAUACUUACAAUCAGCUAAUCAGACUUUGUGUGCAUCCGUGGAUAGUACAGAACUGAAAUCAAGCUCUGAUAAUGAAACCACAAAGGAAAAAUGGACCGAAGACUCCUUUCCAGGAUUAGAAAUAUUGUGCACAAUUUAUGUUACAUAUGCUGUGAUCAUUUCAGUGGGUCUCCUUGGAAAUGCAAUACUCAUCAAAGUUUUUUUCAAGAUUAAAUCAAUGCAGACGGUUCCCAACAUCUUCAUCACCAGCCUGGCAUUCGGAGACCUGCUGCUUUUGUUAACAUGUGUGCCUAUAGAUGCAACACGUUACAUUGUGGAUACUUGGCUCUUCGGAAGAAUUGGGUGCAAGCUGCUGUCUUUUAUCCAGUUAACAUCAGUUGGAGUAUCAGUGUUUACCCUGACUGUUCUCAGUGCUGACAGGUACAGAGCCAUCGUUAAACCCUUGGAACUGCAGACUUCAGAUGCACUCCUGAAGACCUGCUGUAAAGCAGGCUGUGUUUGGAUUGUCUCCAUGAUAUUUGCUAUCCCAGAGGCUGUUUUUUCAGAUUUAUAUUCUUUCAGCAAUCCUGAGAAAAAUGUAACUUUUGAGGCGUGUGCCCCCUAUCCUGUAUCUGAGAAGAUCCUGCAGGAAGCUCACUCUCUGGUUUGCUUCUUAGUGUUCUAUAUUGUGCCCUUAGCUGUCAUAUCUGUCUACUACUUUCUUAUCGCCAGAACUUUAUAUAAAAGUACAUCCAACAUGCCAGCAGAAGAACACUCUCAUGCCCGUAAGCAGAUUGAAUCCCGCAAGAGAGUUGCAAAGACAGUGCUGGUGCUUGUGGCUCUGUUUGCCUUCUGCUGGCUGCCCAACCACAUCCUGUACCUAUACCGCUCUUUCACCUACCACACUUCUGUCAAUGCUUCUGCCUUUCAUCUGAUAGCAACUAUUUUUUCCCGUGCCUUGGCCUUCAGCAAUUCCUGCGUCAAUCCCUUUGCUCUUUAUUGGCUGAGUAAAAGUUUCCGGCAACAUUUUAAAAAGCAAGUUUCAUGCUGCAAGGCAGCAUUCUGUGCAAAGUCUCCCAGUGCUCCCCAGAGCAGUUCUCCUACCAGAGCCCUGUCAGUCACAGGCAGCAUGCAUGGCUCAGAAAUCAGUGUCACACUGCUAACAGAUUAUAGCAUCACGAAAGAAGAGGAAAGUGUUUAAUCUGUGUGGGAAGAAGAAGGACAGAAACUGCAUCAUUGCUAUCAAGUCACUGCUACUGGUAUCUUGGAAAAAGGUGCCAUGGCUUGCCUGUCUGUGAAAGUGUGUUCAUCAGGAGUUCCUCAUUUUUCAAAAUAUAGAAUAAAGAAAUCAAAUUGUGUGGGGGAAGAAGCUGCAACAACUGACCUUUCCAGCAUAAGCUCAAAGGGAUUACUCAUGUUCCCAGGCAUGAACACAGAUUCCUUGCUGGAAGUCUUGGACUGGGCAGGAGGGGACUUAGCAGAGAAUUGGCUGUAAGGAUAGUUUUGUUCUUGGUGACUUGCUCUUUGAAUCAUGUCUGAGAGCUCCCUCAGACAACUACUUGCAUCUGCAGCAAGCAAGCAAAGCCACUUGGUCAUAACAGGAUCAACCAGGCACAUUUUUGAUUUAUUUAUUUUCUUGUCCUGGAUGUUAAAAAUGGGUAAACACAUUGAGAAAGAACUCUAAAAUGAAAGAAGGCUAAAGUUUAUAGGACUGUAAAAUAAAAAAAGAAAAAGCAUUAUGAGCCACAUCCACAGUAGUUGUUGCUCUGUCUGUGACUUAGAAAUUCUGGGUAAGAGCUGACUGCUUUGUAGUGAGAUG